UUUGUUUUAAGCCCAACUUCGAUGCUAACCACAAAACACAACUCUCUCUCUCUCUCUCUCUCUCUCUCUCUCUCUCUCUCCAUUUGAGUCGGCAUUUCUGAAGCUCAGAAAAAGUCAAAAUCCUUUUGGGGAAAACAAAGGCUCAGAACUUGAGAUCACCUUGAAUCUCAAAACAUUUUCAUUCAUCACAAGAAAAAUUUGGUUGAAGGUGGUGGUGACUUCAUUUGAUUUGAUUCAAUCGAGUUAUUUAUUUGAUCCCUUCAAUGGAUUCUGACUUCUGGACCUCGCGUCUUGCCGCCGCCAAACGCCAAUAUACUCUCCAGCAUCACCAUCCAAGCUCCCAUUUAGAUCGGUUGGGAGUCGAUGAUUUUGAUGUGGAAGAAGAGGUGCGACCAGAUUUCCCUUGCCCGUAUUGUUAUGAAGACUUUGACAUCGCUUCCUUGUGUUCUCAUCUUGAAGAUGAACAUUCCUGUGAAUCAAGAGUCACGAUUUGUCCUAUAUGCUCAGUUAAAGUUGCACGGGACAUGUUGAGUCACAUAACGCUGCAACAUGGGCACUUGUUUAAGAUACAGAGAAGGCGCAGGUUAAGAAGAGUUGCUAUUCCAAACAGUCAGACAUUGUCUCUUUUAGGUCGAGAUCUUCGCGAGGCUCAUUUGCAGGUGCUUCUUGGUGGUAGUGGUGCAGGACAUCGGUCAUACAGAGACACAGUGUCCAAUGCAGCUACUGAUCCAUUCCUAUCCUCUUUUAUGUUGAAUUUCCCUGCUUGUGAAGCAGAAGAGAUUUCUAAAUCUGUGGUAUCGAGUGCUGAAGAUUCUGCUGCAAAGAGUACAGCACCUGCACAUAUUUGGAAAUCAAGUUUUGAUCCCUCCUUGAGUAUUGAAGAGCGAGAGAAAAGGAUAAGACAAGCUGCUGGGAGAUCUGGUUUUGUGCAGGAUUUGUUUCUUUCAACUUUGUUCAACGACUAAUGGUAGCUGUAAGUUGUUUAGAAAAUAAUAAACAAGCAUGCGAUCCAUCGUUAAGAAUCUGUGCUGAAGGAUAUCUCAAGUGGGUUAAGUGGGGCUAUUUGACAAUGGAAGCUUGCAUGAAUGGGAUUUUGUUGCUGAAUCUGAUGAGAGUUGCCAUUUAUCCCAUCCAUGUAUGCACAAUCUGCACUAGAGAUGUAUUUUUACUUUCCCAAAAAAGAAAAGCCUUCUAGCUUAUGGAAAGACUUGUUUUGUUAUAUUGGCUAUAUGAUAACCUAGAAUUUCGAGAAACAGGAACCCUUAUGCUUCAUUUUCAUUUCCUUGUUGAAUUUGCUGAAGAAAUUAAUUCAUUCGACGAAAUUAUAUUGACAACUCUACUUAAAAAAAAGUGCAUCGGAAUGUAUUAUUUUUCCGUUUU